AAUGGGCAGCCUGAGAUGUUUCGUUUCUUCAGGAAGGUGAUGGACUCUGUGUGUUGGCUUCUGAAAGCCCAUGGUCACCUGGCCACACAAGUCCUGCAGUCAGACCACUAUGAGAGGAUGUUAAUGAGUGAGGAGGAGAGAGUGGGAACCGUGUGUGUGUCACUGUGGCAUCAGCUUCUGACAGCUAACAGUGAGUUAGUGGCAGGUUUGGGAAAAGGCCCCUUGUCUGUGAUUCUGGAUGACGUCAUGGCUCACACAUCCAACCCUGCUGUGGGAGGGGCAGCAAUUAGGACGCUCCUCCUGGUUGCCCGGCAACAAGAAUCCGCCCUGCAGCUUAUCAUCCACAGGUUCAAAGGGUUGGAGGGCAUGAUUGGUCGAGAAUGGAGGGGGCGGGGCUUCGAUGAGGAAGUGGACCAACUGAUAAAGCUGCUGCACAGAGAAGUCCCCAAACCAGCUGAUCACACAGAGGUAAAAUAUAGUGUGUUUGUUGUUGUUCGUGUGUGUGCGUGCCUUACACUCUCUCUGUGUUAUCAGACGUGGCCAGAGGAGUGUGUGAGAGCGGUGUGUGUCAUCCAGGCAGCGUGGAGAUCCUAUCAGACCAGGAGGAGAGUGAAGAGUCUGCCCAGAGCUGUCAGAUCACUGCAGAGGAGCUUCAGGUGUGUGUGUGUGUGUGUGUGUGUGUGUGUGUGUGUGUGUGUGUGGGCUCAUCUGUAA